CGCGGGGGGGGAAACGGCGCUCAAUGUGAGCAGCAAGACUAGAAAAUGGCGACAUUCUACGGCCGUUUCCCCGUAAAACUACAAUACCCACAAUUCAGCGCGUGGGAUUUAGUUCCGGGUCGGAGGCCAUCCGCCUGUCAGCAGGAGAAAAGGUUAAUGUGUGUGUGGAUGUAGUUUCCGUGGAGCGCUGUGAUGCCCCUGGAGGUCAGAUGGCCGUUCCCACAUUGCCCUCCUUUGGCCUGGAGGAUCUCCAGCUCGCUGGUUAUGGGCAUGGUGGGCUCAUAUUCAUACUUCUGGACCAAGUACAUGAACUACUUGACGGUCCACAACCAGGAGGUGUUGUUGGACCUGAUUGACCAGAGGCCCUCCGACACGCCCCUCAUCACUCUGUCCAAUCACCAGUCUUGUAUGGAUGACCCUCACAUCUGGGGUGUACUGAAGCUCAGACAUUUGUGGAACUUCAACAAGAUGCGUUGGACGCCUGCAGCAUCUGACAUCUGUUUCACCAGAGAGCUGCACUCACAAUUCUUCAGCCGUGGAAAGUGCGUUCCUGUCUGCAGAGGCGACGGUGUUUACCAGAAGGGCAUGGAUUUUGUUCUGGAGAAACUGAACAGAGGGGAAUGGGUGCACAUUUUUCCAGAAGGCAAAGUCAACAUGACGGAAGAGUUUAUCCGGUUAAAAUGGGGUGUCGGCCGCCUCAUAUCAGAGUGCUCCCUUAAUCCCAUCAUCCUGCCGCUCUGGCACGUGGGUCUGAGUGACGUUUUGCCAAAUAUGAAGCCCUACAUUCCUCGGGCUGGCAAGAGAAUCACAAUCCUGGUGGGGAAACCGUUCAGUGUGAAAGAACUCGUCGAAUCCCUCCGAGCUGAAAACAAGAGCCAGUUGGAAAUGAGGAAGACUUUGACUGAUUUCAUCCAGGGGGAGUUUUGGAGCCUGAAGUCGCAGGCCGAGGCCCUCCACGGGCAGAUACAGACCAAAUCCUGAGUCCCAGCCGUCCUGCUUUUUCUUCAAAAUCAACAAGACUGAUGAUCAUCUACCCUAAAUCGAGGGUAAAACCUUUUACUACUGGAGGGCCUCCCACACACAGGGCUGUUCAUGACCACUUGUAUUUUGGUGUCUCCUUCUCUUUACCUUCUGGAGCCCCCCCACACCUCUUCUGAAUGUUUUGAACAACGUUUUUUAAGGUGCUGUUGUCGCAUCAUGAUCGCUAUCAAACCUCAUUUCAAGUUUGAAACAGGCGUCAUGUUUUUAUACAAAACAGUUUCUUUCAAUUAAUACCAAUCACAGCUGUGUCUGUAGCUUCCCGACCAAACCUCUGAAGUAUCAUCAGUGUUCCUCAUUCUGCUGGUCGUCUUCUGGUUUGGGCUGUGGUUGACUUAUUCUCCCACUGGUACCAUCACGUGUCCCAGUAAUUACGCCCACACUGGAUAAUUUCAUGCCUCUCUAUUUAUGUGCGGUGCCAAUGCAAAGAGUAGUGAGUCCAGAUUGACAAUGUGAAAGUUGGGUUGGUGAAUGGUUCGUGUAACAUAUCAGACUUUAACUCAGCGUCCUGCCACUGACCAGCCAUUAACGUUCACGUUUAUACAAACACGCUUUAGAAAAACAGCUUUUCCACAUGUCGGGUUUAAAAACCCAUACAGGAGUUGUACAACAAGUAGCUGGGGACUUCUUUUGAAAGAGAAACAUCAAUGGAAAAUAUACAUAAAAUGGCUUCAUACAGCUUGAUUUGAAAAGAUGUUAUUCAAGCCCUGAAUGCACAGUUGAGCUAAUUCACCCAAUAAUUACAAGAACGCUUAUAACUGAGCAGCUACGUUGAAGAUUUGGUCUUUAAAAAAAGGGUGUAAAUAUCAUCUUUGCACAUCAAUUUGGGAUCGCUGGCCUUCUGGAGACUGUGAUUAUGCUGUACAAGCUGUACGGAGCCAUUUUACAUUUUUUUCAGUUGUUUUUGUUUUGUUUUUUUUUCAUUUUAAAUCAAGUCUCCAGCUGCUUCUGUUGUUUUAGCUGAACGCUGCAACUCCGUUUUACUGUGAAGCUCCAGAUCUGUUCUGUGGACUACGACACUUGUGACUGAAUUUUCUGGUGACUUGUUCCUUUCAAUGAAUCCAUCACAGAUUUGAAAGCAGAGUUAACGAUGAAGCUGAUGUGAGUGAGAUAAAAUUAUAAACAGUAACAAGCUGCUUCGCUUCCUGUGACUGUAUCGAGAGCUCAUUACAGAAUGUAAAUAUACUGAACAGGGACUGCAGGAAAAAUGAUAACCAUAAAUAUUGUAACACAUUAGGGUGAAUUGAAUGGAAAUUUUUAGGAUUAUAAAUUAAUCCAAGUGUUUUAUUUGCGUUCCCAACCACCUCUGAACAUUCUGUCACUAACCUUUAACCGUACCAUCGCUGGAAUGCACAGAUAAUGUAGAAAGUCGUCAUUUUAAAACAGUUAGGAUUGAAUGUUUAAAAGAAAAAAAGGGGUUCCUGUUACCUCGUUUAUUAGGAGAGCUUUACACAAAGCUGCUGUUUGUUUAAAUACUAAAUAUUAGUAAGGCCCUCUGUGCACAAACACAUGGAGUGAUACAGAUUUAUAUAUCUUGUAAUCUGAUGAAGUUAAUCAGGGAUUCGGCUCUGAACUGCAUGAUAACUCACAGCUGAGGCAUGUGGAGUCAGCGACUGUUAGGAUGGUGUCGCGGUGAAUCGUACCGUUCGGCUUUUAACGCGUCCAUGCAGCUUAAAUCAUCUUGUAACAUCCCCAUGUGCUCUUCCUGCUCUCUGUAAUCUCUCGUGCAUCAAUCAAGUUUGCAGAUAAUUUGGUAGAGCUGUACAUUAUUCUUUUUCAGAUGAAGAAUUAAAAGUUUUCUGCAGAUCCUUUCAGCCUCUGGAUGCUCGGCCAUCACAGAUGUAUACGUGUAAUUUUUUGUUCAUCAGUGGUUUUUAUAGGGGAGGAGAGGCCACAGCUAAGUGAUCUGUGGUGAUUUUAUAAAUGUAUCGCCUUACUGAACGCCAGUCUUUCCUACUGUACAGUAUGUGGACACCAAUAAAGUAUUUCACUUUUCUACAUU